UAUGUCAUUACAAUUGACAAUUAGAGAUUGGUCAGGUGAAUCGUAUCGGAAAGAAAUUAGAUAUUCAAAGGAUAUAGAAAAAAUAACAAUUUAUGACUAUAUAUUCAUCAAAUUGGAUCUUUUAAAUGAACUUUGUGAUUCCGCUAAACACAGUGAUUUUGUUCUAAGCAGACAAUCAAAUGUUGAAUGGACUACAUAUUUAGGAGAUUUAAUAAAAGAUAACUUGCGAUUUAUUGAUAUUCGGCUAACAGCAUCAUUUAAAGUAUCUAAUGUUAAUCAUGAUGACAGUCAAAUACCUGAGAAUGAGACAAGGCGGAUAUCAAAUUUACGUUUGAAUUCUGGGGGGCAAACUGAAUCUAAACCCGAAGAUGAAUUUGUAGAUAUCAGAGAAGAUAGGAAUUCCAACGCCCAUUCAAAUCCUCUUCUUUUAUCAGUAAACUAUACUUUGACGUCGGACGAUCCCAGUCAAAGAUCUCGAGAUGAAAAAGAGCUUCCAAAUUUUAUUAGGUGUAGAGAAGAGUUUAAUAAAAAAUUACUUGAAGAUGUACAUGAUCCAACAAAAGCGAAAAGGAUGAUAGAUGGUACAACAUAUCCAACCUACCCCAAUGAAGGAGCAUUUAUGAAUAAAUAUAGAGACUCAACAAAUGGUUUUGAUUUAGAUAUACCUGAAGAGUUUAUAAGAGAAAUUGAAAAUGAACAGGGCUUCUUUAAAAAUGUUUGCCGCAAAACGCCGCAAUCCAUUCUGUUGGCUCAUUAUCAGCAAUAUGUGCGAGAGAACGAAAACAGACAGCACGAUGGUAAAUACCUAAUCUGGAAAUUUGAUUCAAAAGCUGUUUGCAUUAGUCCAUUAUACGGAACGGCUCCAAGGCAUUUCAAAAUUCGCUAUAGAGAAGUACCCAAUGGCGAAAAGUUUUUUUAUUGUACAAGAGAAGGGAAUAGGUAUCCAAGCCUUAAAUCUACAAUAGACGCUUAUGUUAUGAAUAGAAUAAGACUGUAUUUGAAAACGCAAAGAGGUAGCAGUAGUUCAGCUGAUAAGUAUCCACUAUUUCUGAAGGAACCUAUCUGCUUAGAAAGACGAAUAGACGGAAUAAUAAUUCCUGAACAGAAGCCUCAAAGGGAAGAAGACGAGCCUUCCCCCUUAAAGAAAUUCGAUGCAACAUAG